GUGCAGGGCUUAUAAUAAUCACUCUAUUAUAGUCUACCUUCUAUUUACUUACUAUUAACGCUUUCAGGGAGAGACGCAGAGUAGUCACGUGACUGACGCCCUCUGUGCAGCUUUAUGGUCGUCCUCCUGCAACUUUGUUGCAAUAUGUCAGUCACGUCUGAUUCAUCUCUCCGGGAGGAUUGUUUAUGUUGGGGUCUGCCCAAGGUAUCCUGCGAGCACUCCAGCAUAACUGUGCCCACUUGUUGCCCCGGAGAGGCAUUUCCCACUUUCCUCCGCUGAGGAUGAGGCUGAUUCAAUUCCAGAGCCCAGCGUCUGCAGGUCAGAGGAUCGGAUUAGAGCUGGAGGGAGAAAAGGUCAUUGACCUGACUGCCUUCCAUCCCUCAUUGCCAUGUAGGAUGAGGGAAUUCCUGGAAGGUGGUGAGGAAACCCUGCAGAUAGCUAAGAGGGCCCUGGACUCUGGUCAGCACAUCCUGAGCCGCUCUCAGCUCUCAAUCCUGUCUCCCAUCACCAACCCUGAGAAGGUUAUUUGUGUUGGGAUGAACUAUGUUGACCACUGCCUGGAGCAAAACGUCCCUGUUCCGAAAGAACCCAUCAUCUUCAGCAAGUUCUCCAGCUCCAUCGUCGGUCCAUAUGACUCCAUUGUGCUUCCUGCAGAAAGUCAGGAAGUGGAUUGGGAAGUUGAACUUGCUUUCAUCAUAGGAAAAAGAGGGAAAAAUAUCAAGGAGCAGGACGCAAUGGAGCAUGUGGCUGGAUUUACUGUGGCUCAUGAUGUUAGUGCUCGUGACUGGCAAAUGAAAAAGAAUGGCAAGCAGUGGCUUCUGGGUAAAACAUUUGACACUUUCUGUCCAAUGGGCCCAGCGCUGGUCACAAAAGACUCUAUUUCAGACCCCCACAGCCUCGGAAUCCGCUGUCGUGUGAAUGGAAACCUCGUCCAGGAUAGUAACACAAACCAGAUGGUUUUCAAGACGGAAGCUCUCAUUGCCUGGGUUUCCAAAUUUGUCACUUUAAAUCCAGGAGAUGUAUUUCUUACUGGGACCCCCCCUGGAGUCGGUGUAUUCCAGAAACCACCAGUCUUCCUUAAGGCAGGAGAUGUGGUUGAAUGUGAAAUUGAUGAGCUGGGAGUGAUAAGAAACACUGUGGUGUGAAGAUCUGUACAUUACAAGGGAUGGACACAGCAAUGUAGAACACUCAGGUUUAAUAAUAAGUAAUCACAAAGAAGACACAAUCCUGCGGCGACAGACGUCCACGCACCAGAAGCCUGUGUCAACCCAAUUUCUUUAAAGGGUUUUUUUGUUUUGUUUUUUUAAAUCAACUUGUGCCAGAAAGUUAAACAGAUUUGUAAAUUACUUCUAUUAAAAAAAUCUUAUUCCUGCCAGUACUUAUCUGCUGAA